UACGUACAGGAGUCGAAUAGAUAGUGAAAGUCCCCCGGAGCGGACAGGAGUGCAGUGAGAGGAAGCGGGGGUUGGCAGGAACGGGGGGGCUCCAGUAAGGUAUAUGAGGGCCUCAGUUCGAGCAAUCGUCGGUACUCUAGCCUCGCUGCCUACUUACAUUCACACACACUAACACAACCAUCGACACCGCCGGGAAACACGAUGCACACCCUCGCGACGGUAGCAACGGUGCUUGCCGCGCUGCUGGCAGUGUCGGCAGUGUCGGCACAGCAGUACCGACAACCCGGCGGCAAUUACGUUGACGAUUAUGCCCAGUAUGACUCCCAACGACCUAGCCAGCCAACCCCGCGUAGCUACGCGGCUAACGACGUACCGGAUCGUCAAGCGGCCGCGCCGGCAAAUCCAAAGCCAACGCCAGUUGCGAUUUUGAAGCAGAUCAAUCGCCACAACGAGGACGGCUCGUACACGUACGGUUUCGAGGGCGCGGACGGCUCCUUCAAGAUCGAGACCAAACUGCCGACUGGCGAUGUUAAGGGCAAAUAUGGCUUCGUUGAUGAUACCGGCAAGGUCCGCAUAGUCGAGUACGGCGCGAACCAGUACGGCUUCCAGCCGGCUGGUGAGGGUAUCACCGUUGCCCCGCCGACUCUGUUCGACGAGACCACCAGCAAAGAGGCCCUCGAGGCGCAGGCUUAUGAGGAGUAUCAGCAGCAACAGCAGCAGCAGCAGCAGCAACAGCAGCGGCAGUUGGCGGCAUCUCGUCCAGCUUAUCAACAACAGUCGCACACUCAAGCCGUGUACGCCCCCGCGCAGGUAGCCCCGAGUAGACCCGCGCUACCCAAACCGCCCAUUUUCACCCCGGCCGCUGCCGCACCCCCCCAAGCACCGCGACAGUCCUUGCUGCAGAAUCCAGCCUACGACGAGCCGGCGCCAGCCUCGCAGCUUUACAAUCAGGGACCGGCUCAAUUCAGCCCGCCGCCAAACGGCCAGAACGGCGGCGGCGGCCGUUCCCAGCCGCAGACUCGCAGCGGUGGCGGUAUCCUGGACCAGCUCGCCAGGGACUAUGCUCUGCCUCAGGGAGUGGCGCCGCCGUUACAUGACAUCAGCUUCGGUUAUUACUAGGCCGUCUAGUCCUGCCCUCUUUGCCUACCGAAGAGUAAGGGAGUUUGGGAUCAAUCAUUCAUUGAUGAUUCAAUGGAAUCCUCAAUAAAAUUGUAUAUCACUCAGUUGACAAACACUAACGUUCUCCUACAGGAUAGAUUUGUUUUACACUGUAGAAUUUAAUUUUUGAUGUAAAUAAGCAAUUAAGAGUUGCCACGAACGUUACACGAUUGACCCCAAGCUCAAUUGCUCGUCCCGGUUGCGUGUUGGUCUUGUAUUUUAUUUCGUGAAUGGGACACGUCGACGACUGAGUAACUUGUUAUAAUCGCGACGUGGCCUACUCUCUCCGAAGUGGACGACACUAUGACUGAUGAUCGUCGCGAAUAGACCGUCCAUUGCAAUCAGAAGUCGAGAACUGCUAAUAUUGACGUCUAAAAGUUAAGACUCUAUUUUGUCUACGUGUGACACAAUCUCUUCAUUAAUUAUAUUUAAUUAAUCAUUAAAGAUAUAUAUGUCUAAGAGAUAAAAACGAUAGAUCUCAUGUAUUUUUAUAUUCCAUCAACGGUAAACUCUAAUAAAUUGAUAACAAAAUAGAAUGCAAUUUUGAUAAAAAUAUAUUUGCUGUAUAUAUUGUCCAGAUACAUUUUCAGCUUUAUUAUAUUCUCUUUUUUUCAAGUUUGAAAAUGAAACGAGAUGAGAAAGAUCUUUAAGAUAUCUUAAAAGUGAAAAAUGUUGAUUUUUCGAGCAGAUGGACGGCAAGAUCUGAGGUUCUCGAUUUUUUAUUUCAAUUCUCAUUAUUUAAUUUCACGAAUAUCGAAUUAUAGUAUAAGAGAAUUGACACGUCAUCUUCUUAUCAAUCAUUAAAAUUAUUGUUAUGCAUAUUACUAUUUAUCGAAAAAUUGUCCGGAUUUCAAGCGAUAACAAUUAGAUGAUAAUAGAAACUGUAAGAACGUAUUGUAAAAAGGAUGUAAAUAAAAUUUCUCGUCUCCCCCUUCGGUAGGAGUUCGCUUUUACUCUGAAAAACGCGUUCGCCUUGAGAACUUGCCAUCAGGGUACCGUUGUGAUCAAUUAGAAUUGCGUUUUCACGGCGGGGUCCCGCGAGAAUGUUAUGUUAAUUGGACGUACUUACUAUUAUAAUUAGAUUAUUGUAAGGUAAUUUGAGUGGAAUAAAGUGAGGCCAAUACUAAAUUCCGCUGAUUGAUAUAAAACGCAAAAAAAUUUCUGUACAA